AUGGACAAGCCUAAAAUCUUCAGCGCCUUGAACUUGGGUGUUGGCGCUAUUCUUGGACUCGCUGGUCUUAUUAAAGUAUUUUCUUUCAGCUUGGCCAAAGUCUUUUUAGGUUUAUUUAUCAUUCUCUUUGGUCUCGGUACCAUUGCAUUAGAGCGUGAAGUCCCCUCAGUAGCUGUCAAAUAUGCAUCCUUUAUGUUUUCAUUCUUGGGUAGAGGCUUUUUCUAUCUUUUUAUGGGAUCUUUGCUCUGGUCCUACGAAGGAUUCACAUCGCUCCUUGGCUUUUUAGUGCUCCUUGUUGGUGCUGGUUUCUGUGCUGCAAACUAUGUAGCCGGACUUCAAGACUAUGCUCCUCGUAGCAUGCGCGACACAGACUGGGAUGACACUGUAGAUGAGGUUUAA